AUGGCUCCAGCGAGGACUACGCUGUCGAAUUGGGACCCAAUUCUGCUCUUGUCCCAGAUUGUGUCUAUGCAGACAUUACAUUAUUUAACACUAUGCGUUAUUACACCCCCUCUAUUAGCGACGUUUGCGGAGUCAACAUCACUUAAUUAUGAAGGCGGAGCAGCAAGUGUGGGAAUGAUCAUGGACUGGCGAGAGAUGGCAGGACGGCCAACGGUUGUCGGAAUGCCGAUAGGAGAGAGAUGGUGGGCAUGGAGCGGUGGCAAGAAAGUGGGAUACGGUUGGAAAGAUGACCAAUACAAUGGUACCAUGGACCCGAUGCGAGGCUGGAUAAUUGCCUUCUGCUGGCUAGUGGCGUGUUCGGCCGACAUCUAUUACCUGUACAAAAUCGUUCGCCGACCUCGGCUCAUCCUCGAUUUCGCGCUGACUUUGGUUUUCAACCACUUUGUCCUAACUGCAUACUACGCAGCAGCAAUACCAACAUCGCUAUUCUUUUGGGCCAUAGUUUCUGGUGGUGCCGUUCUGACUGUCACCUUCGCUGAACAACUCUGCGUCAAACGCGAGAUGUCAGAGGGGCUAAACGUGAUGCCAAUAAGAGCGGAGGAUCAGGCGGUGGAAGAGAUGGAGAUGGGUGGCUUGCUGCCCAGGAAUGAUUAG